GAAGCCGCAGUCCAGUAUCCACUAUGGCGCUAUCAAAUGUCCUCGAAACUCCUGCAGCGGGGUUUAAUUUUGACAACUCAGCCAGGAAUGCUGCGUUAGAGGGUCUUUUUGAUGGACAGACACCUAAACCCCUGAAAACUGGCACCACCAUAGCAGGAGUUGUGUUCAAGGAUGGGGUGGUUCUGGGAGCAGACACAAGAGCUACCUCCAGUGAAGUAGUGGCCGACAAGAUGUGUGCCAAGAUCCAUUACAUUGCUCCAAAUAUAUAUUGUUGUGGAGCAGGUACAGCAGCAGAUACAGAGAAGACCACGGAGCUCCUCUCCUCCAACCUCACCAUCUUCUCUCUGAACAGCGGGAGGAACCCUCGUGUCGUCAUGGCCGUCAACAUACUACAGGAUACGUUGUACAGGUAUCACGGCCAAAUUGGUGCCAAUCUUAUACUGGGAGGAGUAGAUUGCACUGGGAACCACCUGUACACAGUGGGGCCGUAUGGCAGCGUCAAUAAGACGCCUUACCUUGCAAUGGGAUCUGGGGAUCUGGCUGCUCUUGGGAUUCUAGAGGACGGGUACAAACCCGACCUGGAGCUGGACAAGGCGAAGGAGCUGGUGCGUGUUGCCAUCCAUGCAGGCAUCAUGAAUGACCUCGGCUCAGGCAACAACAUCGACAUCUGUGUCAUCACCAGAGAAGGAGUGGACUACAUCAGACCGUACCAGGUGUCAGAGUACAAAGACAAAAGGGAAACAAAAUACAAAUAUGUUCCAGGCACAACCCCGGUUCUGACAGAGAAAGUAGUCCCCUUAAAGCUGGAGGUUGUAGAGGAGACCGUGCAGCAGAUGGAUACAGCCUGAGCCAUGAUGCACAGGCGAACCUUGUAAACACCACAUUUAGCAGUGAAAAGUCUUGAAUUUCAUUGCAUUGUCAUACACUAGUUUUUAAAUGUAAGCAAUGAAAAAUAUCAGACAUUUUAUUGACAUUGUCAUCAUGGUUUCUUUGCUUCACUGUGAUGUGGCAGAAAUACUACAGUAAACAGACCAAAUGAGAAGACUGUAACAUGUGGAAUAUAAUUAAAAAGAUCUUUGAAUGAAAUUC